CAGAAAUAGACUAUAUAAACAAAUGAAUUAUACUGCACAAAACUAUUUUCAGUUUCAUCUCCUGUGAUCUUAGUAACAUUUUGGAGAUGGGAAACAUCUUGCAAUAUUUCCUAAGUGAACCACCAGAACUUGAGGACACUUUAAUAAGUUACGCCUGGAACUCACUGCGAUUAAAAAGUGUCGACACUCUUAUCAUAAAUAAGGUAACCUUAUGGACGAGAAUAUUUGGAUAUACAGAGGAGAAUGGAAUGGAAGUUUACAAAGAAUAUACUCCUUUAGUUAUAGCCUGCAUGUAUAGGGAAUUAAAACUAGCCACUGAACUUAUAAAACUCGGCGCAGACGUAAACUUACAAGUUCGUCCUAGGGAUAUGCAAUUUCCGUCCGAAGAGGGUGUCCCACCGUUGUAUUUUGCAACAAAUGUUGGAGAUGCAGAGAUAGUGAAAUUAUUGUUGAAAUCAGGGGCAAAUGUAAAUGGAUUUCAAGGUCGUCGGCAGUGUGUCGAACUUGAGGAACCCGAGGAAGAAUUGUACAGUAUCUUUGAUCACGUUAGACGAACUUAUUCCCGGUAUAAUAAAGGCUGUUACCGCCCACAACACUUCUUGGAACUUUAUCUUGAGGCCGGGGCAAAGUUGAACACAACGAGAUGGGGACCUUGUCUGUUUUUUGGGAGAGGAAAAGUCUUCAAACCCAUACACGAAACAUCGAGUAUUUCACCUGGUCUUAAUUUCAAAUGUGACAGUGCAAUCCUACUUCUACAGCAUGGUGUGGAUCCAAACAUGUAUAACAUAAGCGAUGUCUGGUUUCAAUUUUCUAGACACACUCGCUAUUCGUGUUUCGGUGGUUGUGUCAAGUUUAGCGUUAUUUUGGAGACGUUUUUGGCGGCUGGGUAUCAUUUCACAAGUGUCGACCACAGCAAUCGAGUCAUCAGAGAAAAACUGAGACGUUUUGGUGUAAAUGUUGCCGAACCAAACAGCUUGAAACAGAUGUGUAGAUCAGCAAUAAGAGAACGUUUAAGGAAGAGGACUAAGGAUACAACGAUAUUUCCAGCCAUUGAUACCUUACAUAUUCCAACAUUAAUGAGGGAUUACUUAAAACUCCGUGAUAUCAUCGACAUCGACAGCUUAGAUGGUCAUUGUCGAGGUGGUCCUGUACAUAAAUAGGUAUAAAUACAAUACAGUAAAACACGGUUAUAGCGAACACGCUUAUAAUGAAUUGACGCUUACAGCAAAGUGAAUUUCAUUCCCCAAGUCUCCAUUUCAUGUUGUAAACUUGGCGGAUAUAACGAAUUACGCUUUUAACAAAGUACGAUUGCCCGUCCCUGGGACUUCGUUAUAAGCGUGUUUUACUGUACUACAAUAAAUACAAAAAUCUCGCAAACUUUUACAAAGCAUUAGAUUUAGGAAGCAUGAUCUCCAUAUGAGUUGUUUAAGUUUACAAAUUUAAAUCCUUUUUUCCAUUAUUAUUUAUUUACAAUGCGUUUCUAAGGUACUUGUUAUGAGUAACCUGAAUUUGAAUGCCAUGAACAACCAGGUACAAUAGAGAUACGAUGCCCACAAACCUUUGUUUUGUAAACUGAGCUUGUAUAAUGUUUUUGGCUACGUCGGUUGUUUACUAAGUAUUAAUAUUCGUUAACACUUCAUUUGAUUUAGAUUUUUUUAUCAUUUGCAAGUUACCUAUCUUUUCAGUUUGAUAGUUUAAUAUUAUCUAAUGUUUUCAAAGUCUCAUUUAUUUUAAAUAUGGAACUUUGUAUCUGGCAACUGUGUUUACAAAACAGGAUGUUUUUAAUAUAACAAAUAGUAUUAUGCUUUGUAUAUUUUGCCUAAAACUUUACAGUAUGACAUUUGAUAGUUUUCUGUCUUUUUAAAUGUAU